AUGACUAGGUACGGGGGAAUGGGGAGGACGCGCCCGAAAAAGCUCACCUCCAAGGCCUCCAUCCCCAUAGUCCGGGAGCACGACAUAGAUCUUAUCGACGAUGAAAUCCAAAAUGCCCUACAACAGAUCGAGACCGGCGUGGAAAAGGCCGAGGAAUCGGAAUUCCAUCUCCAGGUCGCCAUAAAUGCGGCUGCGCAGGGGAAAGUAAAAGAUGCCCAUAUCCCGACGCCGGAGACGGUCCUCAGUAACCUGCGCUAUGAUGAGCUCUACCCGCCUAUCUUCUCGCAACCUGCGACCUACAUUCGCUUCUCUGCUACGGUAGAGGACUGUUGCGGAGCCCCGUAUUGCAUGGACGAGGAAGAUGAUGUCUUCCUCAAGAUCUUCAACCAAAAACGCGAUGCGGGUAGUCGGUGCACCGAAGACCAGUUCGAAGAGGUCAUGAGCUUCUUCGAGCUCACGUCGCGAAAGGAGCAACCAUAUGCCUUUGUAGAUAACUCGCCCCUCAUGAGCUUCGAAGAAUUCCAACAAGCGAUGGACCCAGCUGUAGAGGAGAGUGUAAAGCGGUUCGCCAAGGACAUCUAUGAAUACUGGAAGUCCAGGAGGACCAGCAACGGCAACGAGCCCCUACUACCUACACCGAAGGUUGAGGCUGGUCGAGACACCGAUGAUACGGACCCGUAUGUCUGCUUCCGUAGGCGUGAGGUGCGGCAGACGCGCAAGACCCGUGGUAGGGAUGCGCAGAGUGCCGAUAAGCUGAGGAGACUCAGGAAGGAGCUGGAAGAUGCUCGACAGAUGGUCGCUUUGGUGCGCCAACGCGAGCUAGCGAGGAAGGAGAUGCUGGCCAUCGAACGCCAAGUGUUCUUGCAGAGAUCGGAGGUCAAGGAGAUGAAGAGGAAGCUCAACAUCAAGGAUGAUGAUGAGGACCUCAUCAACCAGAAGCCGAAGAAGAAGCCUGUAGAAGCACCAGCUGUGCAACGCCCGGCUGCGCCUCAACUGCGCAUGCCCCCCAAGGCUGGUACACAAGCUGCAGAAGACCUACAGCUGUUGGAGGAUGUUCAGGCAGAGAAGGAGAACGAGAUUCAGCGCGACAUCAAGCAGAAUAUCGCCAAGCACGUCAAGUGGAACGAGGGCUAUGUGGACUUUACAAGAGCACCACUCUCCCCGUCGCCAGAGCGAACUUUCGAUGCUGCUUCUUUCCGCCCUGCAAUCACCACUCAACUGCCCACGCCGCCAUCAUCGGAAUCGUCCGAUAAUAUGCUGGAUUCGCCCUUAGAUACCACGAGUGCCAUUGCUCUCCGAGAUAAAUUAGCUCCACAUGCCAUGGAAUUGAGUGUGGACACCAGCAAGAUGCCCUCGUUCAGACGACGUAUCGGGCGCGGCGGUCGUUUGUGGAUCGAUCGUCGAAAUCUGGUGUCCCGUUGUAGAGUCGAACUGGACCCAUGGAAGGCCGAUCGGUUCAAGUAUGAUCAGGAGGACUCGGACGAGGAUCUCGAAUUUGAAGGAGACCAGUACGAUAUCCAGAUCAUGCAGCAUCGGGCCAUCAUGGCAGCCAAAGCCCGAGACCAAGCAGCGGCGGCAGCUCAAGCCCAUGCGCAGGCGCAGGCUCAACAAGCUCAGGCUCAAGCUCAGGCUCAACGGCGAUUGCAGGCCGAGCAGACAUCGGCGACCAAUCCACCAAGUGGAGGGCAAACCAUGGGAUCUAAUCCCGGGCCUGGCGCCAUUGCCUCCACUUCAGAGACCUAA